UAGGUGAGGCCAUCCGUACCCUGCCCCAGACACCGGUUGCACUAAAAGUUACACUCAAUAUGUCUGGGAGUACAAAGCUCCCGCCUCAGCCCCCUCUCCACCUAGCACCGUACUUACUUUAGGACUGUUGAUCUUGGGUUUCCUUCUCUGCCUCAACCUAUACCGCUCUUUCUGUCAGGUUUGGAUCCAAAAUGUCGAGUCUCUCGCUCAGCAGCAGGUGCGCGUUGAUUCUCCUCGCUUUCUUGCGGGUUGUGAGCGCACAGGUGGUACAGGAUGACUGGCUGAAACCAGCUCUGCCAGACUUCAGCACCACCAUCACUUUGGGAAGCACGUUCAGGAUUCAAUGGGACGCCAACCUCGUCAGCUGGUUCUCCCAGUAUGCACCGGAGGCUAAUUCUUCCGACUGCGCUCUCUGGGUCACUGGAAGCCAGUCCAACACAUCCUAUCAAAACCUGAUCGUUAACAACAUCAACGUCUCGUCGACGCUGUACGUGGACUGGGUCGUGAACACACCGUCUUCACAGCUCUCAGAGACCACCGAAUACACUUUCCGUUUUCUGCCUUUGGGCGCCUCUUACACCGACAACUCGGCCAGCCAAAUCUCAAGUCCUCAGGUCAUAAUGCAACUGGGCUCCAGCGCGGCCACGACAAGUAGCGCAACGACAUCCUCCAGCACGACUGCAUCGUCAACGACCACCAGCCAGACAACCAGCGCCACUAGCGCCUCCGCAACGAGUUCGGCUUCUUCGACCUCAACUUCCACACCCAUGGUCUCCAAGUCAUCUGGUCUGUCCGGAGGCGCCAUAGCCGGUAUCGUGGUCGGUGUUGUCGGUGGUCUCGCACUUCUUGGCCUUGCUGCAUUGCUGCUCCGGAGACGCAACCGCCGUGGCCGAGCGACGACACGCCACGAGGUGCCGGCGACCGAACCAGUCCACAGUCCGGGUCGCAGCCCUGCUCCGGCCUACACAAUGUCCGAAAUGGACAAUACAAAUUCCUACGCCAAGCAAUCUUCCUAUACACAUCCUUCUGAGCUCGACAGUAAUCCUCGGUGACCUUUAUUGAAGAG